UUCAAGUCAUAAACAUAAAGUCCACUCAAAAGUGUUGAACUGGUUUGUGGAUUCAGUCUUUGGGAAUGGUUUGGGAAUUAAGAAUCCAUUAAAAGGCUUCACUGUUUUCUGCUGCUUGCAUCGGUUUCAUUUUUAGGAAGUUCCAGAUGUCGUCCAAACUGACAAUGGCUCUGAAAGAAUGGGAGAAUUUGGAAAAAGAGUUUCAGCAGAUUCAGGAUACUCAGCAGCUUUACAUGCAGAAGCUGGAUGAAGUCUCUAAGCUGCAGAACAGCUUCGCUGCCUCCAUAUCUCACCACAGGAAGUUUUUAAAGGAUCUGUCUCAGUCUCUAAAGAAAUGCACCAAAGGUCUUACAGAAGAGGAAGCGAAGCAGGUGGAGGAAAUUAAGGGACAAAUGCAGGAGAGGCCCAACCUUUUAUCCCAGAUGGAAUCAUACCUUCCAAAGAAAAAUGGGAUAUAUCUCAGUCUCGUUCUUGGAAGUGUGAAUGUCAACCUUCUAAGCAAGCAGUCGAAGGCGUCCUAUAAAGAUGAAUAUGAGAAAUUCAAGCUGGGUGUGACCGUGAUCGCGUUUCUGCUGGCCUUCAUCUGUGAGUUUUUUGUUAACUACAGAGUUUUGGAUGCACUCCUGAACUUCCUGUUGGUUUGGUACUACUGCACUUUAACAAUUCGUGAGAGCGUUCUCAUCAGCAAUGGAUCCAGGAUUAAGGGAUGGUGGGUGGUCCAUCACUACAUCUCAACCAUUCUAUCUGGGAUUAUGUUGACUUGGCCAGAUGGUGAGCUCUACCAGAUGUUCAGAAUCCAGUUUUGGGGCUAUUGUCUGUACCAGUGUUUUGUACAGUUCCUUCAGUACUACUAUCAGAGUGGAUGCCUUUACAGACUCAAAGCUCUUGGGGAAAGACAUAACCUGGACUUGACAGUGGAAGGGUUUCAGUCAUGGAUGUGGCGAGGGCUGACAUUUCUGCUGCCGUUUUUGUUCUUUGGUCAUUCCUGGCAGUUUUUUAACAGCAUCACUCUGUUCAGAAUGGCCAACCUUCCUCAGUGUAAAGAGUGGCAGGUUUUCAUGUGUGGGGUUUGCUUCCUGGUUUUAUUCACGGGGAAUGUUCUGACUACACUUGCAGUCGUCCGUCACAAACUAAAAGAGAAGAAGAAGCAGGAAAAGAGCAAAUAACCAGCUGCAGAUUCAUACGUCAUCUGAAUUGCUGAAUUCAUGGUGCAGAAAUAAAAUAAACUUUUUGCAAAAUACUCUAAA